AUGAAUAAUAAUACAGAUAAUCAUAAUACAGAUAAUAUAUUUAUUAUAAAAAAGAGUUUAUUAUUUAAAUCUAUAUUUAAUCAACCUUAUCUACGGUUGAUUAUAUUUAAAAAGGUUCAUGAAAUCAAUAGACAAACACAAACAAAUGCAAAGAAGAGGUCUGCAAUGAAUAGUCUCUACCACUUUUGUAAAUACGGUCAAACUGAUCUAUUCAUUAAACACUUUGAUACUGUAUAUCAUCAUAUUCAAUCAUUAUCUGAUCAUUCUUAUCUUAAUGACUUUGAUAGAUUAUCAGUAGUAUUACACAUAGCGGUAUUUACACAAGUAGAAUUAAGAUUUAUGAUUACAAAGAUUAAAGAAAGAUUUGAAUGGUUGACCAAUGAAUACAGUGGUGCUGUUAAACCAUUGUUUAUGCAUUUUGCCAAUGGAUAUGAUUCCAAACCAAUCCCACUAUCAAGUACAAAGGUAUUGGUGGACUGUGACAUGUCCAUUAAAAGUCAUAUAGAGUUGCAUUCAAUGAUGGUGUCGACACUGGUGGCAACUCCAAUUGACCAAAGUACACUGUGUCGCAUCGUUGACAAUUACCCGUGUACGCCAGGUUUCAUCAAGUAUUCUGUACUAUUGCCAAUGUUUAAACAUGUAAAGCGACCGGGUGGAGCCGUGCAAGUCAUCGAUACAUUGACCUAUUUAAAGAAAAAGAAAUUAAUCUUUGAAAAGGAAUGGCGUCUCAUCUUUAUUGAAGCAUUGGUCAAGCAAAGUGCAGAGAUUGUUAGGUUCAUAUUAGAUGACCAAGUGUCAUCUAAAAAGUUGUUCCUACCCAAGGACCAAUUCACAUUUGACCGGUCGACCUUUCCAACCAAUGAUUUUGAUAUGAUCAAAGCAUUAAAAUAUCUCAAUGUAUCAUUUUCAAAUAUUCGUCCCGAAGAAGAGUUUAUCAACAUUACACUCAAUUAUGGAAAUAUAGAGUAUCUACAAUACUUGUACGACACAAAAGACUAUGUAGAAUUGUUUGACAAGAAUGCCUUACCAUUUGCAUUGUCGAAUGGGUAUGCAGAUUGUGCGAGAUUCUUACUCGACAAACUACAUAUAGUCAGUCAACAACAAGACAUACUCGGCAUAAUCAAAGCUAUGGGUAUAAUAACAGAGUUACCACAUUGGCAAGUAGAACAUGUACGUCGUAAUGUAUUGACUGUCGAGUUUCUAGAGAUAGGCAAUAACAUCAAACUUGAUAAUUUGCAACUUGCAUUUUCAUCGAUGACUCAACCCGCCAAAAUGGUAGUCGUCACACAAAACUUUACAGACCUACGACCAAAAGUAUUAAGACUAUUGGUCAAUCACAACUAUAUUCAAUUGGACAAAUUGACUCUAAGUCAAACUGUCAAUUUGAUUGAAAACUGUAUAUCGGAACGUGACUUUGAAAUGCUGCAACUAUUGUUUGUUGAUCAUUUAUACUACUUUUUCGAUGGAUUAUUGGAUGUAGAUAGAGAAGAUGAAAGGUUGGAAGAAAUGGAUGCAACCAAUCUUUGUAGAUUGGCCGUUAAAUUGUGUAAAGAUGAAUCACUGUUUAGCGAUUACACUGUCAAGUUUUUAGAGAUGACUAGAAUCGAAUUCAAAUCAAAUCGAUAUGAACAAACUCGACUCAAUAUGCUUACAGAGUUAAUAGUCAAUCAUCACAUAAAUGACAAUCCAAUACGAAUGCAACUCAUCGACACUAUCAUGAAAUCAUGUAUCCAAAAGGAUAACCAGUUUGUUUGGAUAUUUUGUGAUUCGAAUAUUCACAAGUAUAUGUUAAAGUAUCUAUGGAAUCAAACAGAUUUAAAACAAAAAACCAAUCACCUUCUCGUAAUGAAAAUUGUCGAUAAAUUAAUGACACAACCAGAAUAUUCCAACAAUGCAAACAACACUCAACUCCAAGUCGAACAAAUCAUUCGAUACUAUGGUAAAUUAUAUAAUAACAAUGUUGAUGGUAUUAGACUCAAGUAUGAAAUGAAACCAUUGAUAUCUCCUAUCAUCCGUUUCCCAUCUUGUUUAAAUCAUCUAAGAUAUAUUGUAGAUUUAUUUUAUUGUCAACCUAAAUCUAAAUGUUUAUCAUCAUCCUCAUCUUCAACUUCAACGAAACAAUUAAAAUAUGAUCAUGUUGAAACUUGGAAAAUUGAUUGUUUGUCUCUCUCUAUCUCUCUCUACUCAAUGAUGACAAAUAUAGAUAAAUUAUUUCAAAGUGUUAUAGGUAAUCUAUUCAUUAGAUCAUUGAUAUAUGGUCACGUGACUUUAAUUCACAAAAAAUUAUGUAUUGGAGUAAGAAAAGAACAAGAUUUGUUAUGUUUGUAUGAUUUUAUAAAGUAUGGUAGAUCUGAUCUAUUCAUUAAACACUUUGAUACUGUCUAUAACAAUAUACUACAAUUUAAUUAUACCUAUAAUAAUGGAAAAGAGUUUGAAAAUUCUAUCUAUUAUUAUUUAUCAAUUUUAAUAAGAUUUAUAUUGCAAAAAAAUGAUGAUAGAUCAUUAAAACAUAUGUUACAAGUGAUAAAAGAUAGUAUACCUAAUCUUCAAGUCAAACAUCAAGAUGAAUUAAAGGAGUCAUUUAUGGUACUGACAAAUGAAAAGUUUGGUUUGAAUUUGGAGGUUGGUAGCAGUGGAAUGUAUGUUAAAGAAUGGAACCUUUCAAAUGAAAUGAUCAAUGUACUAGAACGUUAUUUGACUCUAGAGAAUGACAUUGUUAUCGAAAAGAUCUUUACAUCAUCGAUUAGAUCAUUAAACAUUGAUGCAAUCAAAAAGUAUGGUCCUCGUCUACCAACCAGAAACAUUACACCUUUUAUUUUAUUUAAACAAUUUAAAAGUAAUAAUAAUAAUGAUCAAGACGACAUUGAUCAUGUAGUCACUAGACAAAAGGUACAAGAUAUGAUAGUAGUUGUAAAAGAACUUGGAUUGAUUAAAAAUAUGGAUGAACUAUUUAUACUAUCAUUAAAACAUGGUUGUUUGGAUAUAGUAAAGAUAAUAAUAGAUGAAACCCUCGUGUCUAUUGAUACCUAUCAGUUUAUUGCAGAGUUUGUAAAGACCGAGGAAUUAUUCAAAUUAAUUGGAUUCGAUUUCAAUCGUUCCUAUUCAAAGACAGUAUUUACAUCAAGAUGUGCUAAAUUUGGAAAUAUUGUCUACUUUAAAAUGAUUAUAGAUAGUUUCAAGAGACAUGUAGAUAGUCUUGAUGAAUCUCAAAUCAACACAUUCCAAGAACGGUUCUACCAAGACGUCAUCUAUGAGAGUUGUUAUGGGCUCUUGUCUAAUGGAUAUUUGGAUUUAUUUAAUCUACUAUUGGAAACAUCCGAAAUGGAUGUAUUCCUAUCUCAAAGGAACAACCCCAUCCAAAUCACUAGUAAUAUCAAUCCAUCUAUUUACACACCAGAAUUGGUACAUAGACUACUCGACCUUAAACAAUCAAAUCGUAUUACAUUUAGCUAUGCAGGUCUAUUUGCAUCGGUUUUACGAGUUGGAACCGAUCAACCAACGGUCAUGUGGAUGCUCAAUAACCAAGAGUCGUCUGACCAAAUCGAUUAUAAAGUAGCACUUGAACUAUCACUUGCUUUAGACAACAAAGAGGUAUUACAAUUUAUAGUAAAUCAAAUCAAUGACAGUCCAUCAUUAGACUAUCCAUCACUCAAUAUUGACUCUAAAUGCAAUUUUGGAAAUGUGUCUAUUGAAACACAAACAUUCUUUUUUACAACACUCAAACCUCACAAAGUUUGUAUCUCUGGUAUCAAACCCCGGUCGCUGCCAUUACAAACGAUCAGGUUGAUGUAUGACACUGGCCAUCUCUCCAAGACACUGUUCAUUUCAAACCUUAUCGUCGAUUGUGUGUUUUAUGGUGAUAUGGACCUGGCAAGACAAUUAGUUACCAAUGUAUUUGAAAAAAAUCAUUCAAUCAGAACACAUGAAUUGUCAUUUGAUGAUUAUAUCAAACCAGUGAUACAAAAAUGUUCACUCCAAGAUUUAUUGUAUCUUUGCAAGGUGGGUGUCAUAAAGAGUGAUAGUAUUGUAUCAUUCCAAAAAACACUCAUUUGUGAUAAUUGCAGUCUUGAAACGUGUCACAACUGCACAUUUUCAGAGCACUCUAUUGACAAGGCGUUGGGAAUUGCCAAGGCGUUACAUGAUGAUAUUGUAUUUUCUUGUCAUCAAGUAUUGGAUGUAGUAUUGGCACCUUUUAAACUAUUUCAACAUGUAUUUGACCGACCUCAACCUCUCUAUCGACUAAAGGAUGCCACCUCUUAUUCCCCAAUCAACGAUCGAAAAGUGGUCACUGAUAGUAUCAUCCGCCUCUUUACACUACCUUCUCCAACCCCUCAUCCAUGCUCCCAUAUUAUCAAUUGUAUUGAAAGAUUGAUUGGUCUACUCAAGAUAGAUGACACCACUAAAAUCAUAUUGACCGAUACUUUGCACUCCCAAAAUCGAUUGGGACCAAUACUUGUCCAUCUCUUGACCCAUUUCAAAAUCAAUACCGACCAAUCCCCAUUCCUUCCAUUGACAGGUAAAAUCAACCAAAGGUUAUGUCAAAUGCAUUAUUAUUAUGGAUUCAUGAAUCAUAAUCCCUUUAGCAUGGAUGAAUAA